CUAGGGUCUCUAGAUAUUGGAGGCGCUGACAAAGCGUCAACCCCAAUUUGGUGUAUAGGAAUACAAAACUGAAGGCACUGAAGGCGAUGGGUUUUAAGCCGUCAUAAAGCCUCGAGCGGGGGGAAAACGCACAAGUUUCGUUGAAUUUCUUUCGCGGCCACCGGGUUACGAGUCUGUAUCGAGGGUGAUUGGCAUUGCGUUAAAUUAUACGCAGUAUUUUUUCGUUUUUUUCGCUCUGCGUAAGUGUCUCUCUAAUACUGCGCAAAAUUGACGAACUGUGAGCGCAACCCUUGGCAACAAAAGAAGUUUUUGACAAGACAGUGUAACGAAUAAGAAAACUAAAAAAACCAAGAAACGAAAAAAUGGCACCGUCGUGCUUCGAAGUGAUACUCGUUGGCUUUAUUCUCGUUCUACCGUUUUUGUACGAGACGAGUCGUACGUUCAGAUAUUACUUCAAGUUUUUAAUGUACUAUGGCAUUGUUAUGGCGAACGCGAUCCUCGUGAUUCCUAUAAUGAUGUUCCGGCCGGGGAACGUCAAAAAUCUCCUGCUUGCGUCCUCCAUCUGUCAUCACGUGAGUACGCUUCUUGGCUUACGAUGGGAGUUGAGAGGAAGAGAACAUUUGGAGAAGGAACAAGCUUGCAUCGUCGUCGCCAAUCAUCAAAGUUCUCUGGAUAUUUUAGGAAUGUUCGAUAUUUGGCCUGUCAUGGACAAAUGUACUGUAGUCGCCAAGAAAGAAAUUUUCUACGCUUGGCCUUUCGGUCUUGCUGCUUGGCUGUGCGGCCUCAUUUUCAUUGAUAGAAUGAAUUCUGAAAAAGCUCGGACAGUCAUUAAUUUGGCUACCGAUAGUAUCAAAGAGAAGAAGAUUAAGCUCUGGAUCUUUCCGGAGGGGACAAGGCACAACACCGGUCAAAUUCAUCCAUUCAAAAAAGGUGCCUUUCACGUUGCCAUCAAUUCCCAGCUUCCGAUAUUACCAGUUGUCUUCUCAUCUUAUUACUUCUUGUCGAAAAAAGAGAAGAGAUUCGAUGCCGGCCGCGUUGUGAUCACAACUCUCCCACCAAUCUCGACGAAGGGCCUGAGCACGGAUGACAUUGCAGAACUCAUGGAUAAAACGAGAAACGCGAUGAUCGACGUAUUCCAAACGACAAGCCGAGAGGUACAAUCGUCGCUCGCUUCCUCCAAGCACCACGUACAAUAAUAAUAAUUUCGUAAACAUACGAAUCUCACUUUUACGACGAAAUUUUUCACAUAUUAAUUCUAGUCACAGGGAUUUUUCGAAUCUGCAGUUCAACCUUACUUUUUCCUCAAACCGAACGAACCGAUUGUCUAUUUAAAGGACAAAAUAUUUGCGCGAAUUGAUUUUUGGUUCCUGAGAAAACGGGAGCUGGAUCAACGAAACGACUCUUACUGAACGAACAAAAUAUUUAUUCAAAGAAUGUUGUUUCUUUGCUCGUGCAUGUUUGACCAUUUCGUACUUUAGGUCAUAGUUACUUUGAAAUUUUAUCCAUUAAGCGACAGUUUUCAAUUUCGACUCAUUGUGCUAAGUCUGAAGUCUCACUCAAACGUACACCAUUUUAAAAAAACACUUUGUACAACUGUUGCAUGCUUUUUAGACAACUAGCAAAGCAUCGUUCAUUCAAACUUUCGAUAAGCAUUUUUUGGCGUCUUUUUUUUAUCGUACAAUCGUACUAUCUUUGUACCAAAAUUAACUACAUACCAGUAAACAUUUUAGGUUACUCUUAUUUUAUUUAGACACUGUUUCGACCAAUCAAUUCUCAUUGUUAUAACCCUUUACGUAUUAGUUAGUUGCUAAAUUGUAAUUACCGUUUUAAGUGACGAUCUCAAACGUGGGCCAGUGUAUCAGGGACAGAUGCAGCACUCGAUAAUAUUAUUGCGGAUCAAAUUUCUAAUACAAGAUAAAAUAACAAUCAUCCUCGAUGAUUCCCGAUAUCAAAAAACGGUGGAGGAAAAAUAAUGUAAAUACAUUUUUUCACUGUGACCAUCACAAAACUCCUCUUAUGAGUUUUACCCUUUUAUCGUCUGACACAUGUUCACAUGGAAGAAAAUCUUCCACGUCCUAAAAUACUUUGAUUAAUACUCUGGCUAGAAACGUUUACCAAAAAAUGCCCUCUCCAGUCAGCAGAUUAAUCUGUUUGUGCCAGUUACAAUUUGACCUAGAUAUUAGUUAUAUAUUUUAAGGUACUAAUAUGCGUCGUGAAAAGUCUUCUGCCGACGAAAUUCAACGAAAGAGAUUAAGGGCGUUCUGGAUGAAGGACAUGAACUUUUUUUCCACAUCGCCCAGUCACGCGAACAAAAAAUUAUGUUUUGACGAUAAUUUAGUCAAUUUUUGGAACGUACUAUUUUUAUUUUUUUCUCAAAAAUAUCACAUUCAUCGAUUUUUAUAAACCUAAUGAGUAUGAAGGAAAAUAUUUUCGAACAUGUCUCUAAUUCAAAAUCUACUUUAUGGACAAAAUAAUCGUUCAAGAAUAUCAUUUAUCGCAAUAUUGUCGACAUUAAAUGAUUGAAAGAAUACAGAACGAAAGUUUAUACAGAACUACUGAAUUUAUCUGAAAAAAAGGAGAAACACUCGGAUAAAAAUUCAGAAAGGGACAUGAUUGAAAUAAAAUUUUGAAAUCAUUUAUAUUGCUUGCAAUUGGAAUGAGCUUCGAUGAAGAAAGAUCGGAAGUGUUUAAGCGAUUUUCUAGUGCGCAAUUUAGUAUUGUUUUAGAAUUACAGUGAUUAACGUUUUUGCGUUAACGAGUAUUGUUUCUGAUAUAAUAUCAGUUUUUCAAGAUUGAAAAAGAAGGAAACCAUAAAAUUUGCUUAAGCAAGGCUCGUUCUCAAUUUCUUCCUUCUCAGUAUUAAUCGAUCGAUUCUUCCUUUCAUCUUUCACGCUGUCGAAUUAUUUUUAUUUGUUUUUUCGUGUUUUCAUUAGAUUGAGCUGAUGUCUAAAAACUGACAUUCCAAUUGUUAUUAUAAAGGGCAAUGAAGUAGAAGUCGACGAGUGCGCACGAUCGACGAUAUCGACAGUCUUAUUAUCUCCAAUACUCGUAAAAUACCAUGAACGCCUGUUUAGUAAAUAAUUAUCCAAUUGCCUGUAAAUAAUUUAUUGAAUGACAAUGUUUUCCAAAGCAGCCGUCGCUGAUGAAAGUUCGAUGAAGAAUCAUCGAUUACCGCUUGCUCUUACAGUCAUUAUUUUUAUUGUGAAAAUCUCCCAUUAUAAUCUGCAAGUCGAUCGCCCGAUAAUUUGCAAGUAUUUGACGAAUGGGGGUGUAUUAGGCUGUGAUUCUGGCUACUUGGCGUUAUUUCAGCGGGUGUAGAUGAAACGUAAAAAAUAAUGAUACAACGUACACGUGAACAUUGAAUGUAAACAGUCUUAAUGAUGGUGCAAGUUUUACACUGGUCACAGUGCUUAUUAAAGAUUAAUUCAUAAAAGGAAAUUGCAACAUUUCACUUUCGCAUUGAGACUGUAAUUAAAAAAGAAAAAAAAGAACCAUGUCAUCGCUUAAGAAAGUUUUGUAAAUUACGUAUUAUCACAACGGAUUUAAGAUCAAUGGGUGUGUAAAACAAGCUGAAAGUUAUUGUAACAAGCGAUGGAAAAUUAAUAAAAAAAAAAAAAAAAAAAAAAAA